ACCGGGCGGCACCGGGCAGUACCGGGGGGUAGCGGUAGGCCCGGGGCCCUGGUAGCCCGUUGUCUCCUCAGGAUGGCGGCGUGGGCGCUGCUGGCGCUGCUGGCUGUGGCUCCGGCGGCGGCAGGGGGAGUGCUCAGCUUUGCCUCCUACUAUGGUGACCACAUGGUGCUGCAGAAGAAGCCGUCAGGGGCUGUGGUGUGGGGCCGUGGGCAGCUGGGGGCCAUGGUGACCGUGACUCUCUUGGGGCCCAGUGGCCUCAUCAUCAUGGAGAAAACAGCACAGGUUAAAGGACCUUCUGGGACUUGGACAAUUGUCCUGGACCCAAUGGAUCAGGGCGGUCCCUAUGCACUGAUGGCUGAGCAGGGCUUGGAGAACGUGACACUGCGGGACAUCUACUUUGGAGAUGUGUGGCUUUGCAGUGGGCAGAGCAACAUGGCAAUGACAGUCCUGCAGGUGGCCAAUGCCAGCCAGGAGCUCGCUGCCGCCGCUCGCUAUCCCUACGUCCGUAUCUUUGCUGCGGCGCCUGCCCGCUCUGCUGUGGAGCUGGAGGACCUGGAGCAGAUUGACUUGCCAUGGUCCAUUCCAACAGCUGAAAACCUGGGCCAUGGGAAUUUCACCUACUUCUCGGCCGUGUGCUGGCUGUUGGGGCGCUCCCUGUAUGAGGCUCUGGGGUCCCCCAUCGGGCUGGUGCAGGCGACCUGGGGGGGGACCCCCAUCGAGGCCUGGUCCUCCCGCCGGGUUCUGCAGGCAUGUGGGCUCCUGGAGGACAUGGGGAGGACCUCCCCACAUCAGCGUCUCUCUGGCCCACGAACGCCCUCCGUGCUCUGGAACGCCAUGAUCCACCCGCUGCUCAACAUGACCCUGAGGGGUGUCGCUUGGUACCAGGGUGAGGAGAACACCUUGCUGAACACAGACAAGUACAACUGCACCUUCCCUGCACUCAUCGCCGACUGGCGCCGGGCGUUCCACGUUGGAUCAGCCGGACAGACGGAGCCACUUCUCCCCUUCGGCUUCGUGCAGCUGUCCACCUACCGCCGUCGGAGUGCAGACGACAGCUUCGCCCGGCUCCGCUGGCACCAAACAGCCGACCUGGGGGUUGUUCCCAAUGCCAGGAUGCCCAGCACUUUCAUGGCCGUAGCCAUGGAUCUGGGCGAUGAGCACUCUCCCUAUGGCAGUGUCCACCCCCGGGACAAGCAGAAUGUGGCACACCGACUGCUGCUGGGUGCCAGGGCUGUGGCAUAUGGGGACAAGGACGUUGUGUUCCAGGGACCAUAUCCCACCCGGGCUAUCCUGGAGGUGACCAGGGGGCUGCUGAAUGUCACCUACAGCCAGGAGCUCAUCUACCGUCAGAGGGAUGCACAGGCAUUUGAGGUGUGCUGCUCCAAUCAGGGGUCCCUGUGCCAGUGGCUGCCAGCACCGGUGGUGGCAGUAGGGUCCCGCACAGUGACGCUGGCCCUGAGUGGCUGCGGGACGCUGGUGCUGGGCCUGCGCUAUGCCUGGGCUGAGUGGCCCUGUGAGUACCAGGCCUGCCCCCUCUACAACCCCCAGGGGCUGCCUGCACCCUCCUUCCUGCUGGACACCCUCCCUGCAGGGAAUGCUGCUGGAGGGAGGGAGCUGCUGCUCUUUCCCAGCUCCAUAAAUUAGGGAUAACACUACUGCCAUCUCCUAAAUUAGGGACAUGAGUGAGCUCACGCCUCUGGUAAAGCACUCAUGGCUCCUGGCAUUGUCCCUUCUCAAGCCAGGGAAUCAGAGGCUUCAUUACUACCUUAUUAAUUAACCAACUUUUCAGCUCCUCUGUGGACUCAAGCCAAGGCUAUGGGGUGGGGGGAAGGGAAAAAAGACAAUUUACAAUUAAAUAUAUGAAAAAUUAUGUAAGGAGAAGCAGCAGGACACACCCCUGGGAGCUAAACCCCUCACUGCUGCUCCUUUGCCUGUAGAGCUGGCCCUGGCUCCCCAAACAUCCCAUUUCUCUGGGCACAGACUGCUGAUCCCCAGGGUAGGGUGCUCACAGGAUCCAGGGAUCAGCUUCCAGCUGCAGGGUGGAGAGGGGAAGAGAGGAGCUCUGCCAGAAAAACACAACCAAACACUAAGGCUGGGCUGGGACAGGGAGCUGUGAGGGCUGCGAGUGCGUUCCAUCUCCCUCCCUUAAUAAACAGUUAAUAAACCA